AAUUCCUUGCGUCAAUUUUCCAUAAUUCACAUAUAUUAGCUGCCAACACGAAAACUAAAAUUGCAAGUUUUCCGACUUUCUUUACCAACCCACAACAGUCCAUUGUUUUAUGAGUCGGCAAGAAAUCAAUUUUUCUUCUAACCCCAUUCUUAGCCUCUUAGCUUAGCUUCAAAACAAUACAACAAACAAAAUUCUCCCAAGAAAAAAAAAUUCUCUCUCACUGCACGCCGGCAAAAAUGAAGCACGGCGAGGCUAUAAUUGUUGUGUACGAUGUUGUGUUGGUUGUUCUUUCCAUCACCCUCAUAAUUCUCGGCGUUCUUCUCUUCGUAUGCUGCAAGAAGAAGAGGCCUGCGGUUGAGGAUGAUGAUGAUGAGGGGAUUGGUUGCCAUAAAGCGGCGAAGCUAAGUGCGGCGGCGUAUACUUUGAUGGAGAUGGACGCCGCCACGGAUGGGUUUAACCCGCGGAGGAUCAUCGGAAAAGGGCGGCUGGGGGUGGUGUAUUCCGGGGUGCUGCAGCCGGAAGGGGAGCUGGUGGCGGUGAAAAGAUUCCACCCGCGGUUGGUUUUGAGCAACGCCGCCGGGUUUGGGUUCUCGUCGGUUCUCCGGUGGCUGUCGUUGGCCGAUCAUCCCAACCUGGUCCCCAUUCUGGGCUUCUCCGAGGCUCCCGGAGAAAGAAUCGUGGUGAUGGAGUACGGCGGGAUGCUGAGCUUGGAGUUUUAUCUCCACCAGAACCCCGACGCGGCGGCGCUCCUCCACUGGUCGCGGCGGCUGAGGGUGGCCGCCGGGGUGGCGCGUGGGUUGGAGUUUCUUCAUGAAGGAAUGGUACCGCAUAUAGUCCACGGAUGCGUGAAGGCAUCGAAUGUUUUGAUAGAUGUGGAAUUCUCUGCUAGAUUAUGUGACUAUGGGCUAUAUUUCUUGGCAUCAAAUGAGAGACAAGAGGUUAUAGGGUAUGUUGAUGAAGAGUAUUGGGUGGAAGGGAGAGGGGGUUCAAAGGAGAGUGAUGUGUAUGGGUUUGGGGUGGUUUUGUUGGAGCUUUUGAGUGGAAGAAAGAGUCAAGAAGGGUUACUUGUGAAGUGGGCUUUGCCUUUGAUUAAAGAAAUGAGAUUUGGUGAGGUUUUGGAUCCUAGAAUUGCAAUUCCUUGUGACAUUAACCCUCUUGUUAGGUUGGCUAAAGUGGCUUCAGCUUGUGUUGGAAACUCUAGGAAAAGUAGGCCUACUAUUGUACAAGUGGCUGCAAUUCUAAACAAUUUAGAAACUGAAUUGAAUCUAUGAUUCAAAUUGAGCAUUAGUCUCGAUAAGCAUUUUAUCAUGUCAAUCAAUAUUAGUCUCAAUUAGCAUUUUAGAAAAUUCAAAUCUCUAGAGUUUGAAUGAAAUGAAUGGAUCAAGAAAUUGGUGAAGAGUGGAAUUGAAUCUGGAAAUUUGAUGGUGUGAUGUGCUGGAAACCCAAAACUAUGGGAUUUUGUAUGGAGGAAAAUCAGCAGAUACUGCGAAAAUGGUGAAACGCCAAAAUGCAGAGUUUGGGCGGUGGAUUUGUCUUCACUUCAAUCAACUCUUUGUCUAUAUGUAUAUAUAAUUGAAUGGGCUA